AACCCACCUCCUCUCGAUUUGCAUUAACAAAGCUUUCGCUUCUCUAAAGACCUUAAUGAAUUUCUGCCAUUCCUGAGCUCUCCUCAGCUGCCAAAACACGUUUUUCCCCCCCUCUCCCUCCUUUCCAAUCCGCAAAAAGCCCUUAAAAUAAUAGCAUUACUGUGCUUCCCUAAGUCUGGAUUUCUCUACCCCAAAGCAGCUUUGGGGAAACCCAGUCACCGAGUGCCACGAGCAGUUCCAUGAGCCAGCACUCGACCUCUGCAUGGUGGAGACCAGUAGAUGGCCCAAAAGAUAAUUGUUAGGUCUGCUUAGAGAGAAGCUGCAGAGAGUUUGGGCUCCCAAGAUAACCCAAGUGCCCGUGAGCCGGGGCCCUGUGUCCCACACACGGGGCUGUGAGCAGAGACAGGAACCGGGGCUCGGCUGCAGCUGCAACGUUUCCUGUUUUACAGAGCGAGGAAAAAAAGAGAGUGAGAGCAGAAAACGAGGUGGUUGGCAAGAAGAUGGCAGUGGGAGCGUGUUCAUGCCUGAUAACACCCUGCUCCUGCACAGCAGUCCAGGGGUAGGACAGGACCCCUGGGGCCAGUCCCACCAGGACAGAGGAGCUCGGGGAGGUCACAGCCCAGGAUGAUCGGCCAGCCCGGGGUGGGGUCCCGGCCGCGGCGCCGGCGCUCGGGCGAGAGCUACGAGGAGAAGUGCGAGCGGCGGCAGGAGGGCAGGGAGAACCUGCGCAGGAGGAACAACGCGACCACCUGCCGGCACCUCCCGAGGGCAGCGGGGCAGCCACCCCACAGCCCGCGCCAGAGGGAGUUCCUGAGGAGGAGAAACCUGGCGGGCGAGGCGGGAAGGGCAUCCCCGAGGCAGGAGCCGGAGGCGCAAACCCCACUGGGCUCCUCACCGACCGUCCUGCUCCAGGACUUGUGGAGCAGCCCCAAAUCACCCCCUGCACAGCCCCUGCUCCACCUCCAUGUCCCCCUUGGCAUUCCAGCAGAAACCAUUCCUGGGCAAAGUGACUCUGUGAACACCCAAGGAACACAGACCCUCACAAAUCCAAGAGAAGGAGUGAAAGACUCGAGCCAGCAGACAGACUGUGGAACAGCAGUUUUUAAUAAGGAAAUGAUGCAGCUGUCCAACUACCUGAAGGAGGCCCUGCACCGGGAGCUGCUGCUCAAGCAGAAGAUGGUGAUUUUGCAGGAGCUUUUCUCCACACUGCUGGAAGCCUCAGAGAAAUCCUGGCAGGGUCAGCUGAACGAAGACAAACUGAAGUGCAAACUAAGGGCCCUUGAAAAUCAGCUGCAGGCUUGCACCCAGAGUUACUCAAAGGAGUGUGUGAAGAAGAUCCUGAUAGAGAUGGAGGACCAGAAGCAGACCUAUGAGCAGAAGGCAAAAGAGGCCCUUCAGAAGAUGCUGGAGGACAAGCUCCAAACAGAGCAGCAGCUGCAAAACUCUCAGAGAAGCCUGGCAGCCACGAGAGAGGACCUUGCCUUCUGGAAAGAGCACGACGCUGCCCUCAAAGCCGAACUCACCAAGGUGACCACAGCCCACAGCGAGCUCAAAACCAGCUUCCACACUUUACAGAGUGAGCUGCAGAGAGCAGAGGCACAGAACGAGGAGCUGCACCGGGCGCUGCAGAGCCUGCGGAGAGAACAAGCCGCGCUCCACCUGAGAGCCACUGCCCUGAGCCAGGACAUCGAGCUCAAGGCCCAGCACAUCACUGCCAUUGAAGAUAAACUGCAAAAAGAGCAAAAGCAGAGGGUAAUGCUGGAGGCAACAGUCAGCCAUUUGCACAACUUGAUCCAGAACAACCAACAGAAGAGCCAGGAGGUGGCAGUGCAAAGGAAAGACCAGGUUUUCACCACCCAGACCCCACCUCUCAUUCCUGCCAAGGAAAACCAAAACACUCUGUUAGAGCACCCUGAGGAGGAGGAGGGAGAAGAAAGUCUGAAGGAUGAGAUGCAGAAAAAGACAUCCCAGCUCACUGCAAAGGAGAAUGAGGUACAUGUGGACACACAGGCACACGUGGACACCGGGGCAGCAGGAGCGGGACCCCCCGGUCCGGGCGGUGCCCGCGCGCGGGUGAAGCUCUGCAGCCUCUGCGGGGGCCCUGCCAGGCUGCGUGGGCACAAAAGGGAGGGGACCCCCCCCGGUAACCCCCCCUUGCUGUGCUUGCAGUGCUGGGAGCUGCGCUCGGAGCUGGAGGCCCUGAGCGAGGAGUACCGCUCCUGCCUGAGCAGGCUGCGCCAGUGCCGCGACGAGCUCAACCGCUCCCACAGCCAGCGGGCCAAGAGGCAGCGCGGUCACUGGAUCCCCCUCCUGGUGGCACUCACAGCAGUGGCCAUUGCCACCUUCCUGGCAAGUUACAGGCCAUGAAGGACCUCCCUGAUGACUGACUUCACUGCAGGAACUGACUGUGCUUCCCCAAAAGUCUGUGACCUCGCUGCAGUGCACCCUCUGCUGUUUUGUACCUGCACGUUUGGUUCACAUCCUGAGCUGGUCUCACUCCAGACAAACUCCCAAUAAAUGCUGCAAUAUCA